GCAGGCGCAGGCCAGGACGAAGCUACCCCCGUACAGCAGUGUGAGCGCCUGGAGCGGCAGGCAUGCUGCGCCCGAAAGCUUUGACCCAGGUGCUCAGCCAAGCCAACACUGGAGGCGUCCAGAGCACCCUGCUGCUGAAUAACGAGGGAUCCCUGCUGGCCUAUUCGGGUUAUGGAGACACAGAUGCCCGGGUCACCGCGGCCAUAGCCAGUAACAUCUGGGCCGCCUACGACCGCAACGGAAACCAAGCGUUUAACGAAGACAAUCUCAAAUUCAUUCUCAUGGACUGCAUGGAGGGCCGUGUGGCCAUCACCCGAGUGGCCAACCUUCUGCUUUGUAUGUAUGCCAAGGAGACAGUGGGCUUCGGAAUGCUCAAGGCCAAGGCUCAGGCCUUGGUGCAGUACCUGGAGGAACCCCUUACCCAAGUCGCGGCUUCAUAAUGGUAUAGGUGGGAACUGGGGUCAGAAAAGAGAUGACUCUCUGAGGGGGCAGGGCCCCUUGGGAAGACCACUCUGUGCUGUGGUGGGAGGUUGAGUCUUGGUUUUCAAGAAUAAAUGUAAACUGCUA